GCGUCCUCGCGUCUCUUCGCGUUCUUCGGUCUUCCGUCCGCGUCGUUCUUCAGGUGUCGCAGCGCCUCGACGCACAUCUCCAUCUCCGGCGAGGCGCAGAUCUCCCCCGGCGAGGCGCCGAGCCAGGAGGUGUCCGCGUCGUCCGCGUCCGACUCCGCGCCCCCGUGAGGCGGCGUCCGAACGCUCUCCGGCGGCGACGGCGGCUCGAGGAGCGCCGGCAGCGUCGCGUACAUCUGCGGAGGAGGCGAUGUGGGGUUGGGACGUCAGCGCGCGCGUCGCGUCGCGCGUCUCCGGCGCGCGCGUCGGACCGGUGAUUCGGGUACACGAACGAAGCGACGACGUUACUCAGACAAAGAGACGUCGUUCGGUCGCUCCGGCGUACCUUCGCGAGCGCGGCCUCGACGUCGCCCUGGAGCGCGCUCCACGACCCCAGCGUCUGCGGGAGCGCGCUCGUCAGCAUGCCGUUGUUCUGCGCGAGAACGCGCAGCGCCGCGGCGCGGGACGCGAUGUAUUGGCGCUCGUAGAUCUCCUGCAUGUUUGUUUUCGUUCGGACGGUACGAGGGCGUCGCGACGACGCGUUUUCCGUCUCCGGGGAAGCGGGGUCGCGACGGGCUCGAGACGCGCGCGCGCGCGAGUCCGCGGCGACGCGAGUCGUGCGCGAAGGCGUGCGAGCGCGAUACGCGCGGCGCGAGCGUCGAGCGCGUGUGGACCGCGCGCGUCGUGCGGAUGGCGAAUGGACGGAAGUCUGCGUCGGGGAGCGGUUUGGGCUUUUCGCGAAUUCUCGCGGUAAAAACGGA